GUGGUGACGUAUUUAUGGGAACUCGGGCAGGAAAGUACAGUGAAAGUGAACUAAAGGUUUGACAAUGUCAUUGAAACAAAGAAUUGCAUUUCACUCGCGGUUGAAUAAAUCUACUUUAAACUCGGACUAUUGGUAUAGUAAGCAAGAAAAGAGGACACGCGGGGACAGAGCAAGUUUCACUACAGUUGCGCUCCAACCUAACAGUUCCUCUCUGAACACAAUUUUGACGAGCAGCAUCCAUUCGCGCUGUAAACAAUGUAACACCGAUUCGGGCUCUUGCAACCUUGACAAACGAACAUGGAGAAUGAGACUAUUUACGGGAGUGAGCGCAACUAAGGUUUUUAAACGGAGCUUUUUAUUUGUCAGAGAGCUGAGCACCUCUAUACUUCAGUAUGAAUUGAAAACAGAUAUGACAAAGUCUGGAAACCGACGGCUGUAUUUUGAUACCCAUGCAUUGGUUCGACUCCUCGAAGACAAUGGCUUCACCACUCAGCAAGCUGAGGUAAUUGUCAGGAUGAUGGUCAGGACAACACACUCCAACAUGGAUCUAAUCUAUAAUGACAUGGUAACCAAAGUGCAGCAGGAGAUCAUGUUGCAGAGGGUGUUUUCCCAAAUUGCAUCGGUGAAAAAGGACAUGAUUAUCCUUGAAAAGAGUGAGUUCUCUACUUUGCUGGCAGAGAAUGAGAAAGUCAAGGUAGAGCUACUGCAACUGAAGGUGCAACUGGCUGAUGUGAUGAAUAAAGUCCGCUUUGACAAUAUCUUGGAUAUGAAUUCGGAAAAAAGCAGCAUGAAAGAAAUGAAAUCAGAGCAUGAGAAGAGACUCAUGGAAAGUCGGACCGAGAUAAUGGAAAUGAAUGCUGAGCAAAAUUGUCAUUUGACUCGGUCCAAUAUGAAAAUCGACACUGAAGUGGCAGGAUUGAAAACCAUGUUGGAAGCUCACAAACUUGAUACUAUCAAAUACCUUGCAGGUUCAGUCUUCACUUGUCUCACUGUGGUUCUCGGAUUCUAUCGCAUCUGGAUGUGACUCCGGGGAGUACAGGAAGAGCUGGUCAUCUGGACCACUGUAGCUCAAAAAUAACCCAUUUGAACUGCCACCAUUUUGUGUUUGAUAAAUAGUCAAUCGCAAUAGGAACAAACAACCACUGACUGAUGGCAUGAAGACAGAUCAAAUGCUUUGAUGUUGAUUGACAUUGAUAUUUCUGAGGACCAAUGACUUAUGAUUUAGAAGAUGAACCCAGCAAACCAUGAAAUGCGAAAGGCUGCACUUGUAAACCACUAUCCAACAUUUUUUAUAGGAUUUUUAAUUGGUUGUGUUUUCAUAGAGUACCCUACAAAAUAAAUGACAUGUAAUUUAAAGAUA